AUGAAUCUUUUUUUCCGGAAAGUAUCUUCUUACAAACAGGACAGUAUCUGGUCAUGGUUUAUUUGCUUUUGCUACACAAUUUGCAUGAUUUUUGUCGACGGAUUAACGUUCUCUCUCGGAGUAUUUUUCCCCGUUCUCAUGGAUUCGUUUAAUGAAAGCCGAGAAAGAACAGGUAGGUUAAAUUAUUAUUAUAGCAAUUGUUGUUAAAAGUGCAAAGAAAGGGCGUUCUGCUUCUAACGUUUGAAACUACGAAAACGACCGAUCAACUCAAGCGAAACGGCCGCGCAGGUUGCCGCGUGGCCGAUAAAUGCAUGGGCACCACGACUGAAAGAAACUGAAUAUAAACAUUACUCAGUCAUUAAUUAGCAAAUCGCAAAUACAAUUCCAUUGGUUAUUAUAAUCACAAAUUGAGCAAACCCAGUCGAAUCCCAAUUUUUCGAACCACCUUAAACAAAUUUGGUUCGUAUUAUCGAGAGUAUUGAAAAAUCGCUGGUAACGUUUAGUGUAGAAAAGCUUCUUUGUUUCUGUUUGAAGAUUUAAGUAUGGGCAGGUACAGUCGACUCCCGAUAACUCGAACCUUCAAGGGAAAUCGAAAAAACGUUCGAGUUAUCGGGAGUGCGAGUUAUCGGGAUUUCGAAGAAAAUAGCCGAGAGUAAGGUAAAAACAAUUUAGUCACAUUUAAUUGUACAAAUGUCCAGUGAAAAUUAAAAGAUACUUCUAUAUUAUAAAUCAGAACGUAACGUAACAAAAGAUAGCCUAUAUAGAGCAUGCGUUUUACUGUUUUGAGAAGAAAAGCUGCUGCACAUUAUCCUGUGGCAAUCAACAUCAGCUUCCGCUGGUAAACUAUACUCCUACCAUUCGUCCAAAAUUCAAGGUUUCGGACGCCAGUAUACGGCUUUUUUCCCGACUUUUUAAGGGCUCAAAACAUGGUUCGAGUUAUCGAGGGUAAAAUUAUAAUAGAAAAUGAACUGAGGGGAAACGAAAAAUUACGGUGAAUGUAUAACGGAAAUCCAGGGGGAAAUCGAUUUUGGUUCGAGUUAGCGCGAGCUUCGAAUUAGCGAGGGUUCUAGUUAUUUGGAGUCGACUGUAUUUCGUGAUGAUCUUGUUAAGGUAUGGAGAAGGUGGAUUCUAGGUGACUCUGAAUGGAACGCCAUGGCUACGUUUUUGUUGUAAGCGGCUUGGUUGAUCACGUGUAACACGUCGUGCUUUCAAAGUAUUUGACACGGGACAAUUCGACUUUUCGUGAGUGUAGCCCACUUCGAACUCGUAGUUCUUUUAAGCGAUUCCUUCACUGUGGUUCCAAAGUCUUGGGCGUAGUUAAGAGCCCUAAAUGUUUUGUGUUGAAGUGAGGAACCUCGUGUAGGUUUUCCACCUGCGUUGUUUCAAGUUUUUUGUACCUCGAUACAAACUUUAUCGACAUCCUCUUUCGCGUCCCUCAAUGUUACCUUUUUCGCAGACAUAUCUUUUUCGCGUAUUUCAAAAGCGUCACAAAGAUAUCCAAGGGUUUUAAGAAAUGAAACUCUUGCAGAAAGAUCAAUUUAAAAACGAACUUAAUAGUCUCAAAAGUUAUAACUGCAACAUCAGUUACAAAAAUAAUUUUUGGUAAGUACAAAUUCGUUGUAUUUGUACUUAAAAGAAAGAUGCUGAUUUCUUUGAGCCAUCGAUUUCUUUUUGGCCAGAUUAAUUCUAAGAGUCACAGCUUUUUUCUUUGGGUGGUAAUGUUUAACUUGACAAUCUUUUGGGUCCGUGAAAACAGAAAUCUUGUUAAUAUUAGAAGGCGAAAUUUUCUUCGAGCUGUCUACAACCAACUCUAUGACUGCCGCGUUCUGUUUGCCUGUACUGCCCUGGUGCCUUUUGCACAUAGUAAUAUCAGUUAAUGUGCCACCGGGUCAUCAGCGGGACAGAAAAAAGUCAGAAAAUAGCUGUUUCUGUUUGCAAAACUAUGCUUUCAUUUACAUCAACGAUCUUAUUCAGCAUGUAAUUCAUAGAAUGUCACUUAACCUUGCGUAAAGGAAGUUUGCGAUGUACAGUUGUGAACAAGAGAUGAUAAAGCUCUUUAUCCUCUCUUGGUUGUGAAUAAAUACUGUAUGUUUAAAGGACCAAACUCAAAUUUCUUUAUUUUUAAUUUCUGGUAGUCAACAACUAUGUCUCCUUCAUAGAAAUUAAGAAUCUAAUUAAGAAUCUACUUCGCCUAAAUUGCUAAUAACUACCCCAAAUAAAAGAACCUUUUUGCCAGAAGACCUAAAAAAUGUAGGUUCUUAUUAACGGGUGUUUAUUGUAACGUUUACUGUUCGAUUGUAUCAGUUCUGUCCAAGAUUAAAGGAAAACAGCCAACAGCCGACUCGACCCACACAUGGCUUCACCUCCGAUUCAAACCCACGCCACAUUGGUGGGGGUUUAGCGCUCGAACCACUGUGCUGGUACUGCUUAUAUUCUCGUUGUUGUUGUUGUUGUUGUUUCGACUCGGGAACAAUGUGCCGUCAACAUUGACAUAAUUCUUUUGUGUUUCAGCAUGGUUUACAUCCAUAGUUGUAAGCGUAAUGUGCUUCACAAGUCCUGCUUCCGGUGGCCUCCUCAACAGGUUUGGGAUUCGCACUACCACUAUAUUAGGAUGCCUGUUAUGCUCAUCUGCUCUUGCUAUGGGCUCUUUGGUUCCCACCAUUGUCACGCUAUACAUUGCCUUCAGUUUACCUUUUGGACUUGGCUAUGCGCUCAUAAACCUUACUUCUCCAAUUAUUGCGACCCACUACUUCAGGAAGAAAAGAACCAUUGCACUCGGUUUCUUAAUGGCAGGUCAAGGGAUUGGGGCAAUGACUUUAGCGCCAACUACACAAGCGUUAGUGGAUGUUUUUGAUUGGAGGAACACGUUCCGGGUAUUUGCAGGACUUCUGGCUCUUACCUCUCUAACAGGAUGGUUACUUCAUAAAGGGAUUACUCCUCCAAAUGAACCAGCAGAAGUUGCACCAAAAGCGUUUCAAUUAAAUCUUGCGCUGUUGAGGAAACCCGCCCUGCUCGUUCUGAUGUUAACACGUAGUGUAUAUGCUUUCUGUCGGCUGACACCCUACGUUUAUCUGGUAAGCUCGUCAGUUGUGUUCUCAGGGGAACGGGAACGGACUGUAUAGAAAUGCGGGGAGAGGAUGUUUGGUAAGGCGCUACAAAAGAUAAUUAUGAGGACAAAGUCACCUCCUAGAACUAGUAAUAGGUAGCUUAAGCAAAGGCGUUUUUGAGCGAUGCACGUCAACCGGAAAUGAGGUUUUUUUCUUUUUAAAGCAUCUUGACGCUACCAAGUUGGUAUUUCUAAGUGUCUUUACUAUAUUAUAGAGACGAUUUGUCCAAAAAUUUGGGCAAAACCACCGCCUAAAAAUGAAAAAAGAUCACUUCCGGUUGACGUGCGUGCUCAAAAACGUCUUUGCUUAAGCUCACUUGUUACAUACGGCUGGUAUUAGAGACCCUGAGCCACACAGCAUUGCCGGUGUGAGGGUACGGGAAAAUACUGGAAUCCACAAAUACGGGCCGGUUGACUGUCUCUUACCUGGGAAAACGCCGUGGCUGCCGGGUAGAACCAUAAUGCCAAUAACAAAUUUGUCAAAGCAUGGUCCCCUUUAAUACAAAGCCGGGCUACCUCAGCUGUGUAAGCUAUGUUUCAUGUGACAAAUGAAUUACAUUCGGUUUAUACUUUAUUUCUAUUUGAUCUUAGAUAAAGUACUCUAAUGACGUGGGGAUUCCUGCCGACAAAGGCGCCACGCUGUUCAUGUUUAUUGGCGUUUUCGCAACUUUAGGUCGUCUUGGAGGAGGGUUUCUUUGUAAUCUAAAGUGGAUUAAGGCAAGAAUAUUAGUUCAAGCAUCCGCUUUUGCCAUGGGAACCUCGGUGAUAUUGCUGACACUGGCAAAGACUUACGGAGCAUUGGUGGCUAUUUCAAUUGUGUUCAGUGCGUCGGACGGAAUAUGGAAUGUUACUUUUCUUAUUGAAUGCUUGAACUCGGUUGAGGAAUCUAAACAAGCCUCUGCAUUUGGAUUUACUAUGAUAUCAGCUGGAGUGUUUGCCUUAGGGGGGCCGCCAUUAAUAGGUUUGUGCUUUUCAAUGCAUUUACUGCUGACUAGGUUCUGACAAGAGAUAAUGGUUCUGACUAGUGCCAUCGAUAAAAUCGUUAUCUGAAAAAAAGGCUCUUUGCAUAACUUGAUCACGUGAUCAACUUUCGGUAAACACGAAAACAGUUCACUUUUGAAAAAUUUUGUUAGCACAGGCUGAAAGAGCAAAUUAAAUAUAGGUAACCUGAGAAUUUUCAGCCGUAUAUCUCUAAAGAAGUGAUUGCAACGGCCGCCGAAAGUUUGAAGCAUUUGUAUGAGAAAAACAACUUUUGCCAUCCAGUCACCCUUGCAUGGUUUUCCAUAAAAAUCCUUGUAAUUUCGAAAUUUUCAAAAACUGUCAUGAAAUAUUUCCUUAAGCAUUACAGGGCUCAAAUCUCCUUUUAAUUCAUAACAGACAAUUUGAGCCCUUAAAUGCGUAAGAAAAAGAUUACACGACAGUUUAAAAAUUUUAAAAUUUACAAGGAUUUGUAUGGAAAACCAUGCAAGCGUAACCACAGGGUCCAGAGGAGUUUCGUGUGAAUAAAUGAAUUACUUAUUUAAAGUCUCACCUUGAAAAAUGUCUAUACCUGUCGCUUAGCACGAUUAAUCAACCCAAUGGGAUCUUUAUGAAUCUACUGUAAACGAUUUCUUCGCUUAUUAUCUGACCCAGAUCGACUUUGUUGUUCGCCAUUUUGAAAAUCAAUAACCGCAAGCCAUAUCCUCGCUUGCGCACGGCACGUCGCCCGAAGGGUAACCGAAGGGCGACCGAGGCACGAAGUGCCGAGUGAAAAAAAGAAGUAUUUCAUACUGUAAGCCGAUCUUGCGAGCUCUCAGUCCCUUGGUCUGCGGUCUAUAGAAUGUGUAACGAAACUGCAACGCGAUCAAAAUAAUCCAUUUUUUCAGAGGUUUUCGACGCGUUUUGAUGUUUUAACGACAAACACAUCUCCUCCGGACCCUGGGGUGACUGGAUGGCAAAAGUUGUUUUUCUUAUACAAAUGCUUCUAACUUUCGGCUGCCUUUGCAAUCGCUACUUUUGAGAUAUACGGCUGAAAAUUCUCAGGUUACCUAAUUUCAAUAUGUUCUUUCAGCUAAAAUUUUCAAAAGCAAACUGUUUUCUUGUUUACCGAAAGUUGAUCACGUGAUCAAGUCAUGCAAAGAGCCUAUUGAUAAAUCGAUAAUUAUCGAUAACCAUAUUUUGUUUGAUAUCGAUUGUAUCGGUCAAUCAAAAGAAAUCGAUGGCUGUUUUAUUUCGUUGUUAGCGCUAUCGAUUUUAUCUAUUUAUCAUAUUAUCGAUUUCAUGAUCGUCAUUGCCUUCGAAGUCCAAAACCCACUUGGCCUCGUUUGAAAAACUUGCGAACAGCUACCGAUUGGUGUUAUCCUAUGAUUUUACGUUUACUCAUUUAUAACCUUUCUUUAUCCUGUUGAUUUGAAGAUGUUCUGUUAGAAUAGUGAGUGUAAUUUUUAAAAUAAAUUUUGCUACAAAUUUAUAAAUAAUGUACUAAUGUUCCGAAAACAUUAUCCCGUUCUUUACCAUUGUUAACCGCUAAAACACAUGGAAAUUUUAGCGCCGAUUAAAAUCGAUAACUUUGAUAAAAAUCGAUUAACAUUGAUGAUUAUCGAUUGGCCACAACUUUUAUUGAUUUUCAAUUUAAUCAAUCGAUUUUAUCGAUAGUUAUCGAGUGUUAUCGAUUAUCGACUUUGUCGAUUGCACUAGUCAGGCUUUAUCGCAAAUCCUGUAUUGUACUUUUUUUAAGGAGGAAUAUGCCGGGGAUGGCGGAGGGGGCGGGAUAUUUUAACAACUCUAACUCUGUCACUAGUUAAAACUUACUUAGGGGCCUAAGAUUUCAUUCUAGAGGCCCGUCACAUUUUCGAAUUUGACGUCAUAAUUAUAUUUCAUCAGGUUUCAUAGCUGACAAAUCUGGUAAUUACAUUGCCGCAUUUAUUACUGCUGGUGGAGCGGGAAUCGUUGCGUCACUCGUUCCGUUUCUUCUGGUUUGUGUAAAUCGAGGAUCAGAGAGAAACGUUGUUUCAGAUAUUGAAGACUCAAUAAGUCUAGGAGAAUAUGGUGAUGUUACUGAAAGACAGUUACAGUUGCUGCAACGAAGCAGGGAUGAUGCUCUAGAACAUAAGAGAAAAAGCUCCAUUCUUCAAGGAUCUAAACAACAAAUCAAUGACAUACUGGAUAUUGUUUCUAGAGAAACUGUACUUUAG